AGAAACUCCCGGUGAAGUGACUGAGAUCCAUGUGACAGUGCUGUAAAGAUGGCGUUUAUUAAAGAGGAGAGUGAAGACAUAAGGAUUUCAGAAGUUUUCAGCAUCAAACAUGAAGAUACUGAGGAACAAACAGGUGGUGGUGUUGCGGGCUUUCUUUCCCUCCUCUUCAAGUGAGGACAGUAAUCUUCAUCUGCUCUGCCCUGUCAGGGCUCUGAAGGUGUAUGUGGACCGUUCCAGUCACUGGCAUAUGAUGGCACUGAAAGUGGAGAGUCAAGAACUAAAUGAAAUGGAAGAGAAAGAUCAGUAUGGAAAACAUGAUUUCACAAAUGGAGAAAAAUAUUUUAGUUGCUCACAGACUGAAAAGAUUUCCUCGCAAAACGUUACUCAAUGUUAUUUCACCUGCCAACAGUGUGGAAAAGGUUUCAACAGAAAAACAAAACUUACAAAGCACAUGAAAACUCACACUGGAGUGAAGCCAUUCAGAUGUGAUCAGUGUUCAAAGAGCUUCAGAAAAAUGGACUACCUUAACAGGCACUUAAAAACUCACUCUGGUGAGAAGCCUUUCACAUGCCAGCAGUGUGGAAAGAGCUUCACACAAAAACAACAUCUUAAAGUUCACAUGAGAAUUCACACUGGAGAGAAGCCAUUCACAUGCAAACAGUGUGGAAAGAGCUUCAGUGAAAAAGGACACCUUAAAGUCCAUAUGAGAACUCACACUGGAGAGAAGCCUUUUACCUGUGAAUUCUGUGGAAAGAGCUUCAUUGACAAAAGAAAUGUAAAUAUCCACACGAGAAUUCACACUGGAGAGAAGCCUUUCACUUGCCAACAGUGUGGGAAAGGUUUCACACAAGCAGAACAUCUAAAAGGCCACAUGAGAAUUCACACUGGAGAAAAGCCAUUCACCUGCAAACAGUGUGGAAAGAGCUUCACUGAAAAUGGACACCUUAAAGUCCACAUGAGAAUUCACACUGGAGAGAAGCCUUUCACCUGUCAACAGUGUGGAAAGAGCUUCUCUCAAAAAUGUCAUCUUAAAUUCCACGUUAGAAGUCACACUGGAGAGAAGCCUUUCACCUGCAAAUUGUGUAGAAGGAGCUUCACAACAGCAAUAAACCUCAGGUAUCACAUGAGAAAUCACACCUGAGAGAAUUCGUUCAUGUGAUCAGUGUGGAAAGAGUUUAAAAAAAAAAAAAACUGUAACUGUCACUUGAGUUCACCGAAAAAGUGUCAGCCUAAACCAGGGGUCAGCAACAUUUAUGUCAUGAAGUGCCAUUUUUAAGUUUCCUUGUUAAGCUCUGUGCCACAACCUGUAUACCCCAUAUGUAUAAAUGCACAAACUUGUUCAGUUUGCACUUGCUGAAGAUACUCCUCUGUGGUGGGCCUGAUCUGUUGCGAUGCGUGUUGCAGUUGCGCUGUCAAAUCCAUUUGAUUUCUUGAUGUUUGUUUGCUUUUUAGAUAAGUUUUAUAAAAUUGUUCAAGAAAGCUCCACACAAUUCAUACAUAUUAUAAAAUACACAAAGUCAUAGACUUAUUUCCAUUGUGGUCCUCUUUUUUUAUGUCCAAUAAAAACUAUUAUUUGCAGAACUAGUGUUUUAAGAAAUCACUAUUAGGUUACAUGGCAUCAGAUGUGGACAUUGCCCAUGUCUUAUACCAUAUAUGAUAAUAGUUGAGGGCGGUGAAACAUCAGUGUUUUUUCUGGGGGCUCACAAUUCCAAGCUAUGGCCCUGCAUUUAAGAGUCUUUGCUGAGAAAAAAAAAAAAUAAUAAUAAUACUCAGUUUUUCACUACAAUCAUCUACUAUAAGGAAAAUAAGUCAGGGAGGACACACACAAUCUAAAUUACUUUUGCCAAAUAAUUAAUAACUUAUUGUAAAAUGUUACCUAUUGACUGUUUUUGUGGCCCUAUAAAAAUUGUAAUUAAGUGGAUAAAUGUUUAUUGAAUUAAAGAUUGACAAGUCUCUUUCUAAAAAAAAUGCAUCAAGUAAAAAAAUAUAAGUGUUGAGGAGGUUCCGUUAUGGCACACGAGGAGCAGACAGCUGCACGGAACUCUCCCACAAACUUUUUUAUGUUCUACCCAUAAAGCCUCGCCAUUUACAACAUCUUAACUUAGGCUGCAUUUGAAUUUUUUAUUGAUCAGUGACCUUCAGAAUGUCGAAGGGAAAGAGUAAACAGACUGAUAAAGGUAGAGAAGUUUCCCUACAACCUGCGGCUAGCAUUAGCAUUAAGCUAGCCGAAAUUAACCUGCUACACGACGAACUCAGAGCUUCGCUUGCUGCAGAUUUUAGAUUGUCAACUGAAAC